UCUAAUUGUAGUACAAAUUUUUUUUUUAGGUAUUUAAAACUGAAAAAAAAAAUUUGCCAUCUCUCUCUCUCUAUUUAUUUAUUUAUUUUGUCUUUAUUAUGUCAUACGACAAUGGCUGGCAAGACGAGCAACAGCAACCCCCACCAUUACCAAACAUAUUUAAUCGACUAGGCCGAUCUGCUGCUCAUAUGUCUCCAGCCUUAAACGACCAGCACCCAUCCCCACCUGUUAAUACAGGCUUCAAAAUUGCACGCCAUUACAAUAAUUCUCACUAUGUUAAUAACAGCAAUAAUAAAAACGCUUAUUCUAAUAGCAACAAUACGAAUAAUUACUAUUAUUACAAUGGCAAAUCGCAUCCUAUUGAAGACGGCUAUCAUCCUUCACAAGCACCACCAUUAUCACGGCAACCAAUUCAGAGUUCUGGCCAACCUGACUAUAUCAAAAUUAUUCAGCAGCAAGAUAUGAGCGCCAAUGGUUUUUAUAGAUCAGAAAACACUAAUUCUAGUACAAGUUUUACUCCUACGCCUUCAGCUAGUCCUACUCAUCCUGUCUAUUUUAACGGGGCCAAGAAUAACGAUAAUAUCAGAAAUUUUAAUAAUAAUAAUAGCAGCAAUAAUGGCAACAGCCUUCCUGCUUCUCCUGCUACUUCUGUCUCUUCUUCACCGGGCUUUAGUUUUGUUAAAAACAAUGAUUUACCUAAAGAGCCUCAACAAGUGAAUCAGCGUUCUUCUUUUAGUUUUGUUCGAAGUAAUGCGCCUGCUUCUUAUCCUUAUUAUAUGGACCAACAAGCCCAUGUCAUAAAUCACACGCCGCCUCCUACUGCCCCCGCGUCUUUGCCGCCCGUGCCUAGCAAUGUUUCUGAUGCCAAUAUGCCUGCCCAAAAAACGCAUCAAGCUACUCAAAAGCCAGCAUCACCUCAAAAACCAAAGCAGGCUCAAAAGCAAAAGCAAGUUCAAAAACCAAUGCAGGCUCAACAACAUGAGUUUCCCACCAAUCAUUCCGAAAACAAAGAGCGUGAUAAAAUUGCUAAAAACAUUCAGAUCACCGCCUCACGCCUCUUGACCGAUAAGACAGAUCAGCAUGGAACGCCGUCUAAUGACGGGCAUGUAUCAGCUGGUAGAGAUGGAAGUGACACUCAACCUGUCAGCAGAAAGGUUGUUUUGACGAGUACCAAGCGUGAAUCAAGCCGUGAAAGAUCUCCUUCUCAAGCCAAGAGAGUCAAACGUUCACCUUCACCUGUGUACAGAAAGCACCCUUCUCCUUCCCCUAGUUUUAAUAGUGAUCGCAGUGAUGAGUAUCGUGUUCGAUACAAUGGUGAUAUGAAGAGGUACAAUCGGUCACCCUCUCCGUCUCCUUAUCGUCGUUCUCGUCAAAGGCGUACAAGUAUCUCACCUUUUAGAAGAGCGCUUUCUCCUGGAUCAAGUAGUGAUGAAGAAAAGGCACCUUUCCUUCGAAAUCAGCCUGAUCAUUAUACCCCUGAUUACAAUCGAAGACCUUUACCUCGCCAAUACAGAAUCGAAAGAAAUAAUAGACCUCCUGUACCAAAAAGACCUGUUGAACCAAACAAACCAUCCAAUGUUGUACCAGCAUCUAAAAACACUGUAUCAGUGUCUAAAACGAUCAAGAAAGGAUCUGAACCAUCUGCUCAAGAAAAGCCUAGUGCUCAGAAUAAUUCUAAUAACAAUAAGCAACAACAGCCCAAGUUGAAGGAUUUCAGAAAUCAUCCACCUUUGACUCCUGUCAGGUCUCACAACUGUGUUUUGAUAAACCCAAAGACUACUGCGGUACAACCACCUGUUGCUAAAAAAGACAAUGUCAAUAAAGUAUCUACUGCUACUACUGCUACUACUGCUAAGCCAGCCUCUACUGCCAAGACUGCAUCCACAACUAAGGCUACACCUGCUAGUAAGCCCUAUACUGAUACACCUGCUAGUACACCUUCUACUGGCGCUGCAUCUGUUAGUAAGCCUACUUCUGAUGUGCCUACCAGUAAGCCCGCUAAGGCUGCACCCGCUAACAAGCCCGCUACUGCUGUUUACAAGCCUGAUUCUGUCGCUCAUAAAAUGAUUACUGCUCAAAAUGCCAUUAUCAAGCCUUCCAAUACCACUCCUAUUGACGUUGAUACCAUUUUGAAACCUAGUACAAAUGGCGUAUCUACUGAAAAGGAGUUGCCGGCAAAGGCUGAGUCUGUUCCCUUGAAUGAAAUUUUACCUCGAUCAGCAAGAGCCAAACCUGCUCCUUUGUCUACGUCUUCAAAGAAGAAUAAGGCGAUGGAAAUUCGCGGUUCUAGCGAUUUAGGUAAUCUAUCUAAGGAACAUUCUAUCGCACAAGCAGACACUCCUUCUGUUCUGGAGAAUGGUGCUGUUACUAGUAAUCAUGUUAUGCAGCAAAUUUCAAACCAUACUACUGUGAAAAAACCACAAGUUCCUCGUACCUUUUCAGAUAAAUCAUCUUUUCAACCCACUACACAUCAACUUGAUGCAAAUAGCAAUACGCAUCAAGAACAACAACAGCAGCAGCAGCAGCAGCAGCAGCAGCAUGAAGGACAAGGUCAACAAGGUAAAGAACGACAAGAUCAAGUCCAGCAUGAACAAGGUCAGCAAAAACAAUCACAAAUUCAACCCAAGGCCCAACAAGCUCAAGAAGGCGAUUUAUCAAAUGACAAGCAACAGCAAGAAAAACAAGCACAAAAGCCUACACCAGAACAACUGAAGGCUGCAAAAAAAGCUGCUUUGGAGAAACGAAAAGAGGAAGAACGACUUUAUCAAUUACGUUUGCGUCAAUUGGCUAUCGAUGAUCGAGAUGAUAUUGUUAUGGAUGUGAUGCCUCCUAAUACAUUUGAUGCGUCGGUACAGGAAGACGUUGAAGUAAAUAACACGGACAAAAUGGAAAAGAUAAAUGAAGAUGCAAACAUGACUGAAGCUCUUCCAAUCGUACAGGCUGAGCAAGUUGACCAUCAACAAGAACAAGUAGUCGAGAGCCAAGACCAAAAAGAAGCCAAGAAGCGAGAGUCAGAAAAGGCUGUACAAGAAAUCAAUGACCAAUUACAACAAGAUCAAUCAGAUAGACUCACAAGCAUUAUCGUUAGCACGACCAAUUUGUUUAGUGAAUCACUAGCUGAAUUCCAGAAAGAUCAAGAAUCAAUUUUGAGUAGUUUUGCUUCUUCCAUUUCAGCUUCAAAAUAUAAGAAUACUUUUAAAACUCAAGAUACCAUAAUGACUGAAGCACCUAGCCAACAGCAAAGCAAAACAAAUGCCAACACUCUUUCAGUUACCAAAGACAAUAUCACUAGUUUAAACAAUAAUAGCCAGCUAUAUGCUCCUGAUGCUCUUCCAGUUCCCACUGUUCCUAUUGUCUCUUCUGUUACUUCUCUUCCUGUUGUUCCUCCCAGCACUCCUGUUCCUACUCCCGCUAAGAAAAGAAGAGGAAGAUUGCCUCGUCCUUGGAAAGUUGUUUUGUCUGAUGACGGUGACAUGUUUUAUUAUAACCCUGUGACAGGUGAACAAUCGUCUGUUAGACCUGAAUAAUUUGUUUUUACCCAUCAAUUCGAUUUACACUGUACGUAUAAUAAAUUUUAUUCUGUAGUUUUUUCUUUUCUUUCUUUGCUCG